AGCCCGGAGCACCCUCCUGCACCCCAAGCCCACCCCGGAGCCCUCAUCCCAACCCCCAAUUUCAUGAGCAUUCAUGGCCCACCAUACAAUUUCCAUACCCAGAUGUGGCCCUCGGGCCAAAAAGUUUGCCCACCCCUGGCCUAGGGUGUAUGCAUCAACACUGCCCUCUAUGGAAUAGCAUCAGAACUGCUCGACUUGUAUACUGCAUGUAUACCGCAAGCAAGUGACGGAGAUUCUCCUUUAGAUCAAGUGGGAGGGGACCAGGCUGUUGGAGCAGUAGGAUCUGAGUUUCAGAUAGUUCCAGCCCGGUGACAACAGUAAAGUUCCUGGAGUUGUUACUCCAGAGGAUCUCUGUAAAGUUUAUCACUGUAGUUGUAGAACUGUAGAGUGUCUACUCUAUUGCUUCUAGAAAUCAGUGAAAUAUUAGAAAUGACUGAAUUCUGUUGCCUAAUUCCGAGCCCAUAAAUGAAUCACAUUCCAGCAAAUCUGCAAAAAAGAUCCCCAUUGGCUGACAUUCUGAGCUCCUCCCCACUGUGUAUAGAUUUACCUGCUCAACGUCCCUGUGAGGAAGAGGAGUAGCCCCAUUUGGCAGAUGGGGAAACCGAGGCACGGCGCGACAAAGUGACUAGCUCAAGGUCACCCAGGGAGACCUCUGGCAGAGCCAGGAACGGAGCCCAGACUUCCUCUCAAUCCAGUGACUUCAUGACAAGCCCAUCCUCUCUUCCUUGCCUGUGUCCCUUAAUGGGCCAAAUUCAUCCCCUGGUGGAGAGCCACUGACCUCAGUGGUGUGACCCCUUCCCAGGGGUGAUUCCGACUCCCUUUUUAUUUUUAAAGUGCUUGGAGAUCACUGCAGUAGAAAUGCAAAAUAUAUUAUCAUAGAUACCUCGGCAGCCUCGGGGGUCACCACCAACAGUUGGUUUUGAACUUCCUUGUGGCUACUUGCUUACAAACCAGUCUAUAAAAAUCCACACCACCACCCCCCCGACAAACAAUUCAUCUUGGUCCAUUUCUUUGCUGCUGUUGGGUGUUUGGUUGUUUUCUGGCCUCUCUUUGCAGCUCUGGAUGGCAGUAACCUCCCCCCACCCCCACCCUCGCUGGUGCUUGAGAAGAUAAGGGUUUGGUUUUCACAUCAGGACCAAAGAACGUCUCAUCUCGGUGGCUCUUCGCCAGGGCGGCUGGAGCGACGAGGCAGAGUCCCCGUCCCGGCUCCCGAUGGAUGUCCUGCUGCUCCUCGUCCUCUUGGCGUGGGCGUGGCGCUCCCCUUCCCUGGCUGCUCCUUUCACCUACCAGCUGGCCCGGCUCAGCUCCCAGCGGAGCAGCUGCAAGCCCAUCCCCAGCAGCAUGACCCUCUGCCACGGGGUCGGGUACAACGAGAUGCGGCUGCCCAACCUGCUGGGCCACGAGAGCAUGAAGGAAGCUCUGCAGCAAGCCGCCUCCUGGGUACCGCUGCUCACCAAGCAGUGCCAUGGGGACACCAAGAAAUUCCUGUGCUCCCUCUUCGCCCCCGUGUGCAUCAGCGACCUGGAGGAUCCCAUCUACCCUUGCAGGUCCCUCUGCGAGGCGGUGAGAGACGGCUGCACCCCUGUCAUGGCUGCCUUUGGCUUCCCCUGGCCAGCGAUGUUCAACUGCAGCAGGUUCCCUCGGGGGAACGAACUGUGCAUCCCGCCGGCCGGCCCAGACGACAGACUCCAGCUCGCGAAGGAAGACACAGUGUGCGCAGCCUGUAUCAGCCGAGGGCACAGCGAAAAGGAGUUCCUGGAAAACUUCUGCAGCCAAGAUUUUGCCUUGAAAAUGAGCAUCAAAGCGCUGUCCAGCGCGGACGGAGACUUGAAAGUGACCCCGGAGCUCAAGAGCCGGACCCUCUACAAGCAGGGAGGCUGGUCGGAAGAAGAGCUGAAGAAGCCGGUCCUGUGGCUGACGCACGGCGAGACCUGCGCCUGCGAAGAACUCCGUGGCCAGGGCACUGUGGUCCUGGCCAUGGGCCACAAGGUGGCUGGCCGCUUGGUCAUCUCCUGGGUAAGGAGGUGGCAGCGAGGGGAGAGGGAGCUGAAGAAAUUCACCCGGGCUGUGAGGAAGAUCCAGUGCUAAAGGGGAGGGGCGCGCUUUGCGCUGAGAACGUAGCCCUCCCGCGCGUGCUGUGACUUCUUCCCACUUCCCACUCCAGCCGGAAAACGUGUUAGAUUUAGCUAGGCUCUUACCGUGAAAACAGGCCCCGCCCCCCGCACCCCCAGUCAUUGACAGACCCAUACGGCGUUCAGAGGGGAUCCAGAAACUCAACCAGGAAGCAGCUGAGUCAAGUGUCCUCUGGAGGGUGUGUGCAGACUAAGGAGACCAGAGGCACAGACAAGCCAGCCCCCCUACCUCAAGCCCAUGUGGUUAGCUGUAGGUCAGGGGUGGCCAGCCUGAGCCUGAGAAGGAGCCAGAAUUUACCAAUGUACAUUGCCAAAGAGCCUCAGUAAUAUGUCAGCAGCCCCCCGUCAGCUUCCCCAUCUGCUCCCAGCACCUCCCACCCACCGGCAGCCCCGCUGAUCAGUGCCUCCCCUCCCUCCCUGCACCUCCCGAUCAGCUGUUUUGUGGCGUGCAGGAGGCUCUGGGAGGGAGGUGGAGGAGCGAGGGCACAGCAGGCUCAGGGGAGGGGGCGGGAAGGGGUGGAG